AUGGCUUCAUCGUCACGUAGCGGAGGCGAGCAUCGCCCUGUUCAUCAGGAUUAUGUCGCCCGCAUCCGCUACUCCAAUGCACUCCCACCACCUCCAAACCCUCCGAAGCUUCUCGAUAUCCCGAAUACCGGUCUUGCUAGCGGCCAAUAUACUGCCCCCGGUUUUGCAUCGAGAUUGGCCAGGGAACAGCCACUAAAUAUUGAGGCAGAUGCAGAGCUGGCAAUGCCAUUGGACUUAAUAGGAAUGCCCGGCAUCUUUGACGGCGACGAGAGCUCAAUACAAGCAUCUUCAAAAACACCAUCGGUCCACUCCCUUCAUCCUCAGGAUCGCAUGCUGCUACGGCCGUUGCAGACUCUUGGCAAGCCAAAAGCAGCAGACGCUGCUGUUUCUUUCCUCCGCCGCACGGAGUACAUCUCAUCAGUCACAGCUAAGAGCAAGCAUGAAGCCGGUCCACUGCGCUCUCUUAAUCCUUCAGCCCUGAGGCGAGCAACUAAGAGACCAUCGCCCGAACCAGAUAAGGAUUCCCCAGCUUAUGUCAAAAGAAAGAUUGACCAGAGCUUCUCUGUUGCCGCUACGAAUUUGAAGGACAAGAGCCGCGUCAGGCACCCUACAAAACGCAAUCUUAAGCUUGUAGACAGCUACCCCAUGAUUCCUGACCUAGAAGCAUUUCCAGAUUAUGGCGGUUACUUUACAAUCAAGUUCACCAAUAAUCCGGUCCCUGCCUCUGGAGUUUAUGAUAAGCGCUUGUUAAAUGCUGUCAUUAAACCAGGCACACUGCCUGAGGAGGUGGAAACAACAUUCAAGCUUGCCAAACAAGCGCAUGAGAGAGACCCUGAAAACAAUCCAAAGCCCACCAAUCCCCAGACUUAUAACUACUUCCUUAGCGACACUCUCGAGACAUCAGAGAAGUUCAACGAGCGGUUUGAUUUACUAAACCCAGAGCGCGACAAUGAUGAAUGGUACACGAGCAAAAAUAGCGAUGGACACGGCUGCUUCCAAUUCCGGUUCGUCAGAACGUAUGAAACCAAGGAUGAAGUCGAGCUUGACAACGCCACUAAGUAUGACGAAGAAUUACUGGUUGCUUUCAAUGACGAUGAAAUGCUUGACCAGAAGGCCGCCUACUAUUCGCCCGUGAUGCACCGUGUGGUCAUGAGGCCACAGCGCUCCAAGACCAUCUAUCGAAACGCCGGGCUCGCUGAGGACGUUGAAGAGAUUCCUGAUCGGCUUGCCGUCACUGUCAAUGAUUAUGACGAAAAGACUCGGAGUAUCAUGGAUAAGUGGAAGACAGACCCUUACAGAGACCCUUUCCCGAGCGAACAGGCUGAUGGAGAAGACGAGGAUGAGAAGCCCGAACAGCAGGAAGAAGCUGCUAAUGGCCACAGCGAUGGAGAGGCUGCCCAACAGAACUCGGACGAAGAUCAGGAUGCCGAGGGGGAUGAAGAAGAGUGA